AUGCUUACCGACAAUCCGAUCCAGCAAUCUCCCUACGGCUCCUACAACAACAUCGAGGACUUCCUCAACCUCGACCUCUUCAACGGUCCCUCCUCCAACGGCGCAGGCUCAAGUGGCUCGUCCCCCCACUCGUCGCCAUCCAACUCCUUCUCCGGCCUCCCCCCCACUCCCCCUUCGAACGAGUUUUUCUCCCUCCAAGACAUCUCAUACUCCCCCAGCCCCUUCUUCUCUCUCGCCCAGGAUGACGACCAAUCCAAGCUCGCGUCCCUCCUUCCCCCCGCCACUACUGCCGCAGGCUACGACUUCCUCGCCCAAUACUCCCACCUCACCCAGAUGAGCAGCCCCGACUCAUCCGGCUCUGGCUCCGGCUCUGGUUCGAAUUCAUCGGGCGAGUCACCGGCAAGCAUCGACCCCCAGCUGAUGAACACUCCAGCGGCUUCGAAGGCUGCGAGCGACUUUGGCGGCGAGGAAGAGGAGGACGAGGACGAUGAUCUCGACCUCGACCUCGAUAGUAUGCACACGAUCCCCGAGGACUUUGUCGUUCCCCAAAUGAAGGUCGGCGGCAAGGGCAAGACGAACCGCAAGGGCACCGUGCGCGACGGUGGUAUUGUCAAGCGAUCAAGCGCCGAAAGGAAGGAGAACAUGCUCUCCACCACGUCCGUCGAUCCCGAAGACUGGCGGCCAUCGCCAGAGGAGUACAAAAAGAUGUCCUCCAAGGAGAAGCGGCAGUUGCGCAACAAAAUCAGUGCCCGCAACUUCCGUGUCCGCCGAAAGGAGUAUAUCACCACGCUUGAGGGCGAUAUCGCAGAACGUGACCGGCUCAUCGAUGCGAUCCGCACCGAGCUGGGCUCCAUGAAGAGCGAGAACGUCGCCAUGCGCCAGGAAAUUGACGCGCUCAAGAGGGCGCUUCUUGAGGGUCGUGGACGCGCGGACACGCCCGUUCUCCCGCCUCCUGGCCCAUUGCCCCCCGUUUCGGCCGCUGCACGUUCCUCUGCUUCCUCGCCCGCCCCUGCCACUCCCCGCAGUCCCCUCCUCACGCCCAACACCCAGAAGGACCUUCCCACGUCGCCCCGCUUGGGCGCCCGCGGCUUCUGGGGUGGCGCACACGGCAUGGGCAGCAUUGGCAGCUUCACGCCCGUUCACACCACCCUCCUCCCCGAGUGGAGCAACAUCCUCAGCGGCAAGCCCCCGGCCGGUCGCAAGAGCCCGUCGCUCCAGGAGAACAUCAACCCCAAUCUCAAUGGUCCCACGGCCGCGGCGCUCGCGGCGCUCCUUGCCGCUCGCAAAGCGGAAAACGCGGAGAGCCAGGAGAAAGCGAGGGAGCAGCAGUUACCGCAGCAGCACAUGUCGCUCAAUGGUUUCGACGCUUUCGCGGACGUCAACCCCUUCACGCUCAAGUCGAUGGAUGCUUACCGCAUGCAACUCUGGGGCAAGAUGGCCCAGCAAUACCCCACACAGCGCCCUCAGCUUCCCGGUUCGCAGCCCUCAAGCCCGAGCGGUCUUGCCAGCGUCCUCCGCCCACACUUCUUCACCAAGGGCUCGUCCCUCGGUAUUGCCCAGGACCUCUCCGGCAAGUCCCCGCUCUCCAAUGUUCACGCGUACCCGACACCCCCGAACACCCCACCUCUCCGCGCGACCGCCCCCACUUCCAAGCCCGCGGACUUGCCCACACCCCAACAGGCUGUCCUCGCGACAGUUGCGUCGCAAACGCUUGCGUCGAAGCUCGGCUCUGCGUUCUGGGAUGCGUUCGCCCGUCCGUCAGGCAGCGUGCUCGGGGCAAAUGGCUCCGGCAAGCUCGAGUGGGACGCGGACAAGGUGCGCCGUGUCAUGGAGGGUACCGCAGUUGUGCGCGUCGUCGACGUCGAGCCCACGUCGGCGCCAGCACAGCCGCCCCGCGCGGUCCCGGUGCGGUCGACAGUCAGCCAACGCGACGAGUGCGUGGCUUGCGUCACGGACCUCCUCGCGGAGAGCAUGGCGACGCUCAGCAUCGGCCGCAAGUAA